AUGUACCAACAGCCUCACCUCGUCCCUCCCAUGAAGCUCACAGUCUUCGACGACCUGCCGACGACUCCGACUCCAGAGCCGCUCUCCCGGAUCUCGCAAUGGGUGUCCCAGGGCAAGGUCUCGCUCAGAUCUAGUCUGUCUACAAAAAGGGAUACACCUUCGAGACCCAUCAAUUCCAGUCCCCGCCCACCUCUCCCGCCAGAUCACCAACUCACCUUCCGUAGGACUGCGCAGCAGUUUCGUCCUCUGGAGCUAAGCAUCUACAUGCCCAACAACCGGUUGUCCGAUCUGCCUGAGUUUGAUAAACUGAGUUUCACGGAGGUGGGCGAGAUCAAAGUACCGCCUCGGGCUCUGAUGCGAACCAAGUCAGAAGAGCUCAUUUCGAACAAGUUGUCAAUGAUGCCUACCCCUGUCAAACCUGUGUCUAUGAUUGAACGACGUCGCAUUUCGCAUACACGACUUAAUAAUUCAUCCACAGUCAUAUCGACAUCUCGUCCACCCUCUGAAUACGAUGCUCUCCAUUCUCAUCCCGUCUCCUGGAUCUCGCUUCCAGGAUUGCCCCCACAGGCUCACAUCCCCAGUCGAUCAGAGCCUUCCGUUGCGGUUCUGACACCUAUGCAGGAAGAACUCAGCCCACCAAACACGUCAGUCACCGUUGGUGGUGUUGUGCUCGAGUUCCCCAAGAUUCUUGACUGUCGUGCAAUGGAUGAAGCUGAGAUGUUUUCAAGUUGCCCCAGUGUGCAGGCUUCAGCUCCAGUCGUUCCCGCUGCCGCUGCCAGAAAUCUCUCCAAGUUAAGCGAGAUAUAUGACACAGCUGGGUAUUUCCAUCCCAAUCUGCAGACACAAAAGCGUAUUUCGCAAUGGCUUGAUCACCGUCAGUCAUCUUCGAUCAGCACCACCAAGACCUCUUCCUCCUCGUCGUCAUCUUUUGCAGAGCAUCGACGCACACGAUCCCAUUUCUAUCAUGUCUCCGCGGCACCACCGAAACCUUUGAGCUUGUUACCGGCUCAUCAUCAUCGGACCAUGACAGAGUCGACCGUGGCUAGCACUGUGGCGACGGAAAUUUUGUCAUUCGGAAACCAAAGUCCGACGAACACGAGUAUAGCUACGCCUACCGACUCGCAAAUCCGACCUGCCACUGUCCGAAGCAUCGUCAAAGGCCUGAGGCCGAUCAUGAGCGGCAUCCCAGAUGUCUCUCCGGACUAUGCGGAGGUUCUCAAGCGAUCAGACGGCAUCAUCAUUGAAGAGAUUGGUGGACCAUUGAGAAGCCCUGGUGUUGGUGUUGCCUUUUAA